AUGCCGGCACGACCGCAGCCGCAGCCGCAGCAGCGGCGGCGGCGGCACCCGCACCGGCCACCGUCGAAGCAACUUCUCCAGAUACGCGAGGAGGGAGGCAGCAGCUACGCAGAUUCGAAAACUACUUCUCCGUUUCUCUACGACACGCCGUCCUGGUCGUCGCGGACCUCGCCGUCCGCCACAGCUGCAAUCGAUGGGCGCGCCGGCGGUGCCGGUGGCACAGACAGUGUCGAUCGCGGCAGUGGUGCGGAGAUGACUAGCACCGGCGACAGCGACGACAACGGCGGGGACAACAAUGAAGCUAAAAGGAUAGCGGCGAAGCUGUCAAGGGCACGGCACUCGCCGCAACACCCGCGGCAGUCCCGUUGCUACUUGCGCAUGAGCCCACGCGUCACGUCAGCGCGCAAGGCGAAGAGUGGCGACCGGAGGCGUGCCUCCAGCUCCGGCAGCGGCCUUGACCGCGCCGCAGCGGCGGCUGUGCGGUCCUCCGCCACCUCUCUUGUUAGGUCUCUGCAGGCGCCGAUGACGUCAUCAUCUGCAGUGCUGGGUGGCCAUGUCACCUACUACGGCCCCCUGUCCUCGCGCAGCCUCUGUGAGUCGGACGGCAUCGAGGCCGACACGCAGAACAGCAAGAGCGACUGCGGUGGCAGUGAUGGCGGUACCGCGUUUGCGAUUCCCGGUAGCGCCAAUGAUGAUGUGCGGCGGACGACGGCCGGCUGCAAGCCGGAGACGGCGGUGAGCUGUAACGGCGACAGUGGCUCUAGGGCGUACGCAUCGUCUUCGCCUCCGAGUAUCACCGUGACGGCGAGCACGACCCCACUGACAUACGCGGCAGUGGCCUCGUCGUCACUGCACGGCAAGCGACUGCCUCAGUCCCGCGUCAGCUUUAGCCAGUGGCGCAAGCGUCUAUGCUGCGGCAGCGCCUCCAUGCCAAAUACCAUCGAUGGUGCCAACACCACGCCUGGCACGUCCUCCAGAGCAGCGGCGGCCUUCCUGAACACCUUCCCCAGCGCUCCGCUGACGCUGACGACUCCCUUGGCAGCCACGACGGCGAGCACGCCGCGUGCGACAGGCAAGAGCACAUCGACAAGAGCGCCUUCCGUGGACGGCGACGGCAACGCAGCUGAUGACGGUGACGGCAAAACGAGCAUGCCAAGCGGCGACGAGCACGACUGCACGAGCGCUAGGCCACAACACCUGUCGGUGAGCGCCGUCAUGCCGCCCUUGCCUCCAUCGGUGCACCGCCACAAGCCAACGCACCUGAUACUGCAGUUGCCCCACGCCCCACCACCGCAGCAGGCGCGCAACGGUCCGGACUCGGACGAGGAUAUGGCAUCCAGCAGCUCUCCACGCAAUGUCGGCACUCCUGGUAUAGCCGCAACUACCAAUGAGCUGCCAUCGCCCGUGGCGCUUCCAUCGAAGAGCAACGGCACGGCCACCGCCGCUGCGGCGCCAUCUCUGUCUCUCUCUGCAUCAGAAGUGGCGUCCGCGACGGGUGUGCGCAUGCCUGGCGUACAGACAGGCACACAGCAGCACCGGCAGCAGUUGAACGCCCUGAUACCAGUCAUGUCGCCAUCGUAUACGGCCUUCGGCCCCGCGACCCCGACGCGUGGAGGCGCCAAAAGUAGCUCGCGCCCCAAAGUCUCCGCCACCGCCGCGGCGGCAGCCGGCAAAGGCAUGCGCCGUGUCCCGUCUGCGGCCUCCUUCUUCAGCGCGGCGGAGAUACUGCCCGGGCUCUUCCUCGGCGCCUACGUUGACGCCACCGACACGGAGGCGCUGGCCGCGCACGGUAUUUCGCUGGUCAUCAACUGCUCGUACGAGUGCCCUGUGACGUCAGCGAUGGUGAACAACAGCCAUCACGUCCGCUACGCUCAGUGUCCGCUGCGCGACCAUUCUGACGAGGCCAUCGCACCCUUCUUCACGCCUGUCACCCGCAUCAUCCACGAGCAGUUGCACCGCCGGCAAAUAAAUCAUCAGCGCAUGGCCCGCCGUGCCGCGACGAGCGCGCCGGGUGUCCAUGUGAACGACUUCGAGGAUCGCGAAAUGCAGGGGGGCAUGCUUUGGGCCUGGGCGGACGAGGCGGAGAACGUGUGGGUGGUCCCUCCGUCGCUUGUGUCGCCGCGACUGCCGGUGGGUGGGCAGCCAUCGUUCAAGGAGAGCAAGCGAGAGACUCCCCGCACACCGUCCUCGACGCAGGGGCUCGGUGCGCGCUUCGGUGAUGGUGCCGGGUGCAGCAGCACCACAACCUCGUGCUCUCCGUCGCCGAGUCCGGGCGGCAACGCUACCUUCCCGCCCUUGGCCGCCGAAGCUCCUGGUGCUACCACGGCUGCUGCCGCUGCUGCUCCUGGAUCGGCGGGCAUGCCUUCGGCCAAGCAGAAUGGCAGCAACGGCCGCACAAAUGCGUUGUUCAACACGGCGCCUGCGCCAGCCUUCACCGCGGCGACGAGCUUCACGGCAACCACCGCACCCCCACCAGACGCAGCUGCCAUCACCGCACUCCCCGCGUCGUCGUCGGCGCCGUCGCCGCUCACCGUCGUUGACCCACGCGACUGCGGUGGCGUGCUCGUGUGCUGCCGCAUGGGUGUGAGCCGCAGCGCCACCUUCAUCAUUGCCUACCUCAUCCUCUACGGAUGCACACUAGCACCGCUAGACGACACCGCCUCGCUCUUCGUGCACUUCCUCGAGCGAGAGCGCCGCAUCAUCGAAGAGGCAGGCGGGCUCACGUUCUUCACGGACAACAACGGAGGCGUCUCCACCACAUCAUCCCCGGCCCUGGCGACGGCGCCGGCGUGCCCGGGGAGCGGCAGCAGGUGUGUGAACGGGGCCCUCGCCUCGCACGGAAGUCCGGGCGUGAAUGGUGUCCAGCCAUUCGUACAGAACCUCUUGGCGCCAAACUCACCGCGGACGCUCAGGCGCUCUGCUAUGAUACCUGUGUCGUCGCCACUUUCCCUCGGUGGUGGGUGCGUUGCCGGCUCCCUCACAACCCCUCUGAGUGGGAACGCCUCAACAAUGUCGCAGCAGCGGCUUCCCACGGGGUCGCCCACCACCCACAUCGAGCUCGCCUCGCGCUUGUGCCAGCCGUGCUACUUGUUGCAUCUGCGAGAGCGGCGGCUGCAGCAGAAGACUCAGCGGCGGCUCCUUAUCAGCGGGCAGCAGCAGCUGAAAGAGCAACGCGAUGAGGUGCAGCAGAUGGUGGCGUUGUCGGCGUCGUGCAUGGCCGCGAGAAAGGUGGGGCAAGGGUGCGGGUGGAUGGGCAGUGUCGAAGAUAAUUCGAACUUUGGAGACAGUAGCAGCGCUGUGGCAAGCGGCCGCAGCGACGGCGGACACCAAGAGGAGCAGCAGCAGCAGCAUCGCCAUGUCCUCUGCGCGUUGCCGUCGUCGGCGCCGGUGACCUCGUACCGCAGCGCGCGCGGGAGUCGUGCGAUGACGCUGCUGGAGGCGGCGUACGCCGACGAACGCGUUCAUGCGGAUGACGGGGUGGACGAGGAGGGGAAUCGGCAGCAGGAGGAUGGUUCGCGAAUGGCUGUUGGGCAGAGAUCGGAAAGCCUUGCUGUGGUUAGUACAACCGCCACGCCAACGCUGAAGAGGGACACCCAGAAGGUGCGAAGCAACUCCCCAACACACAAGGUGUGCGUCGCGGCCGCAGAGGCCGCCCCCACCACACCUGAUUACAGCGCCGUCGCCGACGAGCGCCGAGGCGACGGCGAGAACGUAUACGAAACACCUCUGUCGCCCGCUGAGCAGGAGCAGGUGCCGUUGCUCUCGCCCUGCGCGAUUCUCCCCACACAGCCGCCGAUGAAGGGACGCCCCCCCAGCGACCUGAACGCCAGCGCGGGCACUUUGCUGGGCGUCAGCUUUACCAGCAGCGGCGGCGGCGGCGGAAGUGGGAGCGCCUUCGGAGGCGCAGCGCCGGCGAUGACGUACCGCGAGGCUUUCGAUGUGGCGAAGCGGCAGAAGGCCGAUGUCAACCCGAACAUCGGCUUCGUCUUGGCGCUGCGCGAGCUCGCCGGCGGCGGCGGUGACUUCAGCUUCAGUACGUCCUUCUAA